AUGGAUUUCGAGCAUUCAGACUAAUUUACUUAGAGAGUAGAAUAAAUAAUAAGAAAUGUACAAUAUAUAUAUUCAAUAUAUGUAGUUUUUACAUAUUCCUGAAGAAGGCAAUCCUAAUUGGAAAGAGAUUAAUUAAAAAUUAGAUCAAUUUUAAAGUUAAUUGGUUGAUAUACAAUUGUAAAUAAAAUGAUUAACUAUUAAAAGGAGUAUCCUCCAAUAUUUAAAAUCUAGUUUUGAAGCAAUUCGAGAAUAAUUAUAAUGUGAUUUAGGUGGGACUUAAAUUUAGAGUCUAUCUAUGAAUUCCUCAUUAAAUCAAUAAAAUCAUCCUCUAAAGACAGAUGAAGUAAAAGUGAAUGAAAGAAUAAAUUAAAUUGGUUUAAAUGUGUAUGAGAUUGAAAAAAACUUAGAAAUUAAAAUUGAUUUACUUAAUAACAAAGUAGAAAACAUUAGAAUAAAUAGAGAUGAAUUACAAGAAUAGAUUAAAUCAUUUGAUGGUACAUAUAUUAAAUUUAUUUUUAUAGCUCGUAUGGAAUCAUAAUGGUAAGGUUUGGCUAAUGUCUCUGAUCAAAUUUGGUAAUUUAAGAAAUAACUUGAACCUCUUUUAAUUGGAGUGUAACAAUAGAAAAAGAAAUUCUCUCUAUUUACAUGA